CUUUGGACUUUCUUUUACCAAAGGAUGAUCAUAGGUGAGAAUCCAUUAUGUUUCAUGUCGGCAUUUACUUCUCCUACACGGCGAUACGUUUUAACGUUUGCUAGCCCUCACUGCCACCCUGAGCUCUUUCUGCAUUCGCAACGUUAGGAUAACCUCACAACGUAGUCUGGCAGGCGCAGUUAUGGAUAUAAAGCUCGAGAACACUCCUUCAUACCCAAUCAUUCUUCCAACCUCAGAAUCCUUACACAAGAUAUGCCUGGCUUGAAUUCAUCUGUUCGACGCUUUGAUCGCACCAACAUCCCAGGAGAUGUCUGGGGUGUUCUACGGGACAGGGACAACGCUGCUCGCGCAAAUCUGAUCCUUCCACAUGCCGAAAAGGUUUCCGGUCACCAAGAGUUCCUACCCGGUUCCGAGCAGCUUUGGCUGGUCUACUCGGAGCCUGCAACCUCUGACAUCAGAUUUAUACUAUCCUGCACGGAGGGACCAUUGGGCAAAUACCCUAUUUUUAUUAUUCCCGUAGCCCCCAUUCAAUUGGCCCCCGAACUCCUCCAAGGCCCCAUGGAGGCGUUCUGCGAAGCGCUUCUGAACGAGGUUGACUUUAGAAGGCAGAGGGUCUUUUCUGUCUUUUCUGUUGAACCAGUCUCCAUAGCUUUUGCUAGCGCAUGGGAGAAAAUCGCAGAGAUCAAGUGCAUUAAUAAACCAUACUACGAUGCAUUUUUUUCGGCGUGUACUCCUGGGACGUUCAAGUUGGUCCGCGAUGGCCCUCAACCAGUGGAUGAUGACAUUGAACUACGUCUUGCUGUGCCACAGGAUGCCGGCAAGAUUUCUGAUUUGUGUAAGGAAUUUUCCGAGACCUCGCGUCCAUUCGUUCUCUCUGACGAACAAGCUUCUAAAGAGGCUAGGCUCAUGAUUGAAAACGAGCAAGUCUGGGUAUACGAGGUCAAAGAGGGAGAUGGAGAAACUGAUAUCGCGAGUAUUGUCGCUGCCACGCGGCAGUCACACACUGUUGCUGCCAUCACAAAGGUCUACACGCCAGAGAAGUGGCAGCGUCAAGGACGUGCUGAAAGGUUGGUUCGCCGUGUCUGUAGAGAGUUGUUGAAGAAGCAUGAGCAAGUUGUGUUAUACGUUGGCGCUAACAAUGACGCUCAGAAGUUGUACAAUCGAGUGGGCUUCCAAGGGACUUCUGGACCUGAGCGUUGGCUUGAAAUUGGUUUUGAUGAAGCCGAAGUUGAACUCGGUCACUGGUAGAUUUUAGUAUAUUCUGAUUUGCUCUGCUUGUUCCCCACGUUCAUCUGACAUUUUACGUCUCGUCUGUAGCAUAGCCCUUUUGUCUACCUGUCCCACACUAUAUCGUUAGCGUUUUGAUUAGUG